UGACAUUUUUGAUAAGCGUUUUCGUUGUUCUAUGAGUGAAUCAUUUUUGUGCAAUUCUUAGAUUAUUUCUAAAUUUUCAUAAAUUUUUUAUUAUAUCAAAUCAAAACUUACCUGUUUCUAAUUGAAAUAAAAUAAUGGCUAAGAAUACCUCUAGUUCAGCUUUCCGCAAAAUUGAUGUAGAUCAAUAUAAUGAGGAUAAUUUUAAGGAAGACGAAGCAGAUGCAAUUUCAGCAAUUGUUGGCCCAGAUGAAAAUGAAAUAACGACACUUCUUACACAGGGUAAAUCUGUGGAGGCUUUAGUUAAUGUGUUGCAAAAUGCGCCUUUACGUUGCAAAAAUCAACAUGUGAAGGACAACGCCUUGAAUACAACUCUACGAGUAUUGCUCUCCAUCAAAUCAUCACAAAUGGAUCAAGCUGUGGAAGCACUUGAACAAAACGAUUUACUAGAUGUUUUAAUGAAAUAUAUUUAUCGUGGCUUUGAAAUUCCCUCAGAGGGCUCUAGUGGGCAUCUAUUGCAAUGGCAUGAGAAAGCAUUUGCCAAAGGUGGUGUGGGCUGUAUUGUGCGAGUUCUUUCUGAUACAAAUCGAGCAUAAAUUUUAUUACCAUUAAUCAACCUAAACUUAAGUGAAUGAAAAGAGCAAAAGUAAAUAGCUAUUACAAUAUUCCAUAGCUAUACUAAAAUGAAUAAUUAGUUAAACUCUACUACAUUAACAUACAUAUGUUGGUUAUUAAAAAAUGUUGCAAUACACUGGCGUUUUUUGUUGCAAUUGUUAUUCUACUGGCCGUCUUGCAUGGACUCUAAUAUGGGAACGAGUGUGUCGUGAGUCUGUCGUAGUAAAUAUGUUGUAUCAUGCUUUUUUUAACACAUGUAACAGUACGUAUAUAUUAAAAGAAAAAUUAUAGGUAUUUAUUUUUAAAAUUGAAGUAUUAAACCGUUCGUUUUCUAACUGCA